UACCCUCUUGCUUUCAAGCUUUAUUAUUGUGUAGCUUUCUUGUAUAAAGACAAUAACUUUCUUUGUUGAAUGAAUCUAUCUUUUCUUGUGUUAUUAGCUUUUUAAUGGAUUAUUUUGACUUGAAAGUGGCCCCUAAAUGUGUAUAUAUUCAAUGAAUGUUUAAGAUUAUAUGUUUCAAACCAAAAGCCACCAAGCUUUAUUGUGUAGUUUUUUUUUUUUUUUUUUUAAAUUUUGUUAAAGAUAAUAAGUUUCUUUGCGGAAUCUCAGUUUGCUCAUUCUUUUGUUCUCUGGUUCUGUUUGUUAGUGUGUUUUUGGCCUUUUAAUGGAUUUAUAAUUUGAGUUGAAAGUUGCGCUAUUUUUUUUUUUUAAAUUUUUUUUAUUUUCUACCGAAGCUUAUUGUUGGACUACCAUAUUCACUUGAUUUCUUCAUCUUGUAAGGCAAGGAGGCGACAUACUUCUUAUAGGUUAGGGGUAUAGUCAGAGGCUGGUUUCCAUGCAAAACAUAUUCCAGCUGUUAGCAGUUUACAGGAGCAUAUAGUUAAAACAACACUGGCAAGGUACAAUAGUACACAGGCAUCUUUGGAAAAUGAUGUUUCAGGAACUGAUAAAGGGUUUAAGGGUCAUGAUAUGUUGGCACCCUUCACUGCUGGGUGGCAAAGUACUGAUGUGGAUCCUUUGAUUAUAGAGAAGUCUGAGGGAUCCUACGUCUAUGAUGAUAAAGGGAGGAAGUAUCUUGAUACUCUUGCUGGUUUGUGGUGCACAGCGUUAGGGGGGAACGAGCCUCGCCUUGUUGAUGCUGCCACUAAGCAAUUGAACACAUUGCCUUUUUACCAUUCAUUUUGGAAUCGUACUACAAAACCUUCAUUGGAUCUUGCAAAGGAGCUUCUGGAUAUGUUUACUGCUAAGAAAAUGGCAAAAGCUUUUUUCACAAAUAGUGGAUCAGAAGCCAAUGAUACCCAGGUGAAGCUGGUUUGGUAUUACAACAAUGCCCUUGGAAGGCCAAACAAAAAGAAAUUUAUAGCUCGAGCAAAAGCAUAUCACGGUUCUACUCUUAUCUCUGCCAGUCUCACUGGUCUUCCUGCAUUACAUCAAAAAUUUGAUCUUCCUGCUCCAUUUGUUCUGCACACUGACUGUCCUCAUUAUUGGCGCUAUCAUCUGCCAGGUGAGACGGAGGAGGAGUUCUCUACCAGGUUGGCUAAAAAUUUGGAAGAUCUUAUCCUCAAAGAGGGGCCUGAAACAAUAGCUGCUUUCAUUGCUGAACCAGUCAUGGGGGCAGGAGGUGUCAUACCUCCUCCAGCAACCUAUUUUGAUAAGAUCCAAGCUGUAGUGAAGAAAUAUGACAUUCUUUUCAUUGCGGAUGAGGUCAUCUGUGCCUUUGGGAGGCUUGGAACAAUGUUUGGCUGUGACAAGUAUAACAUCAAACCUGAUCUUGUCUCCUUAGCGAAGGCUCUUUCUUCUGCAUAUAUGCCAAUUGGAGCUGUCCUUGUAAGCCCUGAAGUUUCUGAUGUAAUAUAUUCUCAAAGCAAUAAACUUGGUUCUUUUUCCCAUGGAUUCACUUAUUCUGGGCAUCCUGUUGCAUGCGCGGUGGCAUUGGAAGCUCUUAAGAUCUACAAGGAACGAAAUAUGGUUGAGAAAGUAAAUAAAAUAUCCCCAAAGUUUCAAGAAGGUCUGAAGGCGUUUUCUGACAGUCCCAUAGUUGGAGAGAUUAGGGGAAACGGUUUGAUCCUUGCUACAGAGUUUGCGGAUAACAAAUCUCCUAAUGAUCCUUUCCCUCCUGAAUGGGGUAUUGGUACAUAUUUUGGAGCGCAGUGUCAGAAGAAUGGUAUGUUGGUACGUGUUGCUGGUGACACCAUCAUGAUGUCUCCUCCAUUUAUAGUGACUCCAGAAGAAGUUGAUGAGUUGAUUAGCAUAUAUGGGAAAGCAUUGAGGGAGACUGAAAAGAGGGUAGAAGAACUCAAGUCCCAGAAGUAAUACAUUGCUGACCGCAAAAGCUUGAUGAUGGCGAAAAAAACAGAUUCAACUUCAAGCACAAUAAAAAAAAAUCAAAAUAUCUUGGAUAUUCUGUAAAUGUCCAGAAUGAAGUAAGAAAAAUAAUUUUUAGUCCAAGUUGCUCGUCUCUUUCUUUGAAUUGUAAUUUUACUUGCAAGUAUAGUUCCAGCAGUUGACUCAUUAAUGAAGAUGACUAUUUCCUUUA